AGAGUAGGCGUGUCGCCGUUACGUUGAUCCGGAAGGAUAUUUAAAUAAACUUAGCUUUAUGUAAGAAAGCUUGUUUAUUUCAGCACGAUUAUUCUAGAUCGUCGAAAUGACCUCUGUUUUGUUCAGACAAGCGCUACGUUUUAAUUCUCCAUGGCUAACGUUUAAUUGUUGGAGGUGCAGGAGAUAUUACUCUGCUCAAACUGGAGAGCUUGAGCGGGUCAUAUCAGCGUUCCGCGCGGUGAGCGGAGAUGAAGGCGUGUCUCUGGGGUUGACUGUCAGGGAACAGCACGGAAGAGACGAGUCAGUGCACAGAUGCCAACCACCAGAUGUGGUGGUCUUUCCACGGUCCGUGGAUGAGGUCAGUGCUCUUGCCAAAAUUUGUCACCACCAUCGAUUACCUAUAAUCCCCUUUGGCACUGGGACGGGCCUGGAGGGAGGAGUUGGUGCUUUGAAAGGUGGAGUGUGUUUUAGUCUGAGGAAGAUGGACCAGGUGCUGGAUCUCCACCAGGAGGACUUUGAUGUGACUGUGGAGUCAGGCGUGACACGCAAAUCCUUGAACGCAUACCUGCGUGACACUGGCCUCUGGUUUCCGGUCGAUCCAGGCGCUGAUGCAUCUCUCUGCGGCAUGGCUGCAACUAGUGCAUCAGGCACCAAUGCAGUUCGCUACGGCACAAUGCGCGAAAAUGUCAUGAACCUAGAGGUGGUGCUUGCAGAUGGGACAGUCCUCCAUACAGCUGGAAAGGGGCGUCGUCCGAGAAAGACAUCAGCGGGUUACAACCUGACAAACCUAUUUGUGGGCUCAGAGGGAACUUUGGGUAUUAUUACCAAAGCCACACUUCGUUUAUUUGGUAUUCCUGAGAGCAUGGUGUCAGCUGUCUGUUCGUUUCCAUCCGUCCAAUCAGCAGUGGACAGCACGGUUCAGAUCCUACAGGCUGGAGUGCCCAUUGCACGAAUAGAGUUUUUGGACGAUGUGAUGAUAAACGCCUGCAAUCGCUUCAACAACCUGUCUUACGCUGUAGCACCCACUCUCUUUCUCGAGUUCCAUGGAAGCUCCAAGAGUAUGGAGGAGCAAGUGUCCAUCACAGAGGAGAUCACACGGGAGAAUGGAGGCUCCGACUUUGCCUGGGCGGAGGAUGAGGAGAUGCGUGCCAGACUGUGGAAAGCACGUCAUGAUGCCUGGUACGCUGCCCUGGCCCUAAGGCCUGGAUGUAAGGCAUAUUCUACAGAUGUCUGUGUACCUAUUUCUCAACUACCUCAGAUAAUAGUAGAAACAAAGGAAGAUAUGAUUAGCAACAAUCUUACUGGUCCGAUUGCAGGUCAUGUGGGUGAUGGGAACUUUCAUUGUAUAAUGGUGCUGGAUCCCAAUGACCCAGAUGAGGUGCAAAGGGUUCACUCCUUCACAGACAGACUGGCCAGAAGGGCGCUAGCGAUGGAUGGAACUUGUACCGGUGAACAUGGAGUGGGACUAGGAAAGCGGGCCCUUCUCAGGGAAGAGGUUGGACCCUUGGCCAUAGAGAUCAUGCAGGGCCUCAAAGCCACUCUGGACCCCAAAAACCUCAUGAAUCCUGGGAAAGUGUUAUAAUUGCAACAAAAAGCCAGCACGGUACACUAAAGCAGGUUCUCAACACUACACAUUCUGCUCACUAGAGGUCAGGAGAAUUGGUGUUUUUGUAGGUAUUGAAGGUGUUGUGUGUAAAUUUUUUCCGAUGUAAUUACAAUUUUAAUGUGUAAAGACAAUUAUAAGUUAGCCAUUCAUAGGUUGAUUCCCCCAAAGAGUAUAAUCGCUGUGCCUUUUUUUUGCUUUAACAUUGUUUUGUUUGUUUUAGCGGUCCAACAUUGCUGCUUUGGCACAAACAAUAGUGUGAAUUUGGGGCAGGACUACCUGUUUGUCCCAUCAAUGGCAGAUGGAAGGCAUUUUUGGUCAACUCUUCAAAAAUUGUCAAUAUGUUAGCAAUUCUGUUUAUACCUUUUAAAGAAAUAGUUCACUCAAAAAUGAAAAUUCUUUCAUGAUUUACUCACCCUCCUGGCAUCCCAGAUGUAUGUGACUUUCUUUCUACUGCAGAACACAAAUGAAGAUUUUUAGACUAAUAUUUCAGCUCUGUUGGUCCUCACAAUGCAAGUGAAUGGGUGCCAAAUU